AGCCAUUUUGGCUCAAGCUUUCCCUAUCAAGCUUUCCCUCAUCCUAGUAACACUACCACUCCGACAUCCUACUCACCAUCUCUCUACAGCUUGUUGCACCGUUCUGGGCAGGGAUGGCAGAUAGGGGCAAGCGCGCCGGUGGCAAUACCGGGUCCACACCAGUGAAGCAGAAGAAGAAGGAGGAGGAGGAGGAAUAUGGAGAAAUGGCAAUGUCAGCACGGGGCUCGAAUGACAAGAUCGUGGCCGCGGAGGCUCCUCCACAAUGGUUUAUGGAUGUGGACGCCCGCAUAUCGAAACAAAUCGACGGUAUCACGACCGACCUGAACGGAGUCAAACACAUGAUCGACCAGGCGAGGAUCGAAGCACAGGACGCAAGGAGAGCAGCGGAGGAGGUUCAGGACAAGAUGGAAGAGGUAGAGAUGAACGUGGAGGGUAUUCGGAACGAUCCUGAGGAGAUGUACUUGACCAAGACCGAAAUCGAGGAGAUCAUAGACAGCAAACUUCAGGGCGCGAGGGGCACCAUGAGGCAACCUCCCAGGGCCUGUGCGCAGAAGUGGACGGACCAGGAGGAAGGAGGCAAGACAGUACGGAAAAAGAAACACGUGCCAAACAGUUUCACAGCAUACCCGCACAAGCUCGACGCCUACAGUAUUAAUUGUCUUUCCGUCGCGGACUCCAGACCCGCGGACAAAAUCGAGGGAGGAUGGG